AGGGAUGGAGGGCAGUGGAGACGGAGGCGCGCGCUGCGUCUACAUGCAACAAGAGGUGUGUGGAGAAUCAGCACAGGUUUACAAUGAUAUAAAGACUUAGUCCCAUUUGCUUUCCCCCCCCCCUCCCGAUUCUUCUUCAACGUUUUUAAGAAUAUCGGCGGUUUGGGGAAAUAUAUUUUUUUACUCAAGCAAUGCGCUGGGAUUGAUUGUUGAUUCGCUCCAAGUGUGUCGGAGUCUCGGAACUGCCGACAUAACUCAUGAAAGUCUCUUCGGAGCGACGCUUUUAUGGACUCGUGCGUUCUGGUUAAUGAUGUCUAUGGGGUUUACGCCUGACAGCCUGAAUGCCUCCGAUCCCGCAAAAUCGGCCUUUCUAGAAUUCGGCCACGGACAUCCGGGACUCAACCAGCACCAACACCAGCAGCAGCAACAACACCAACACCCCGCAACGGGACUCUCUCACAUCUAUCCCGUCCAUGGGUUGCACGCGAGCGGGCACUCUCAGCACGAGAGCUCCUUCGCUCACAGCGCGUCCUCGUACGGGCGCUCUCUGGGCUACUCGUACCCAGGCGCGGGGAACGCUCACCCCCCGUCCGCGUACGGGCCGUACCAGCACAGUAACCCAAGCAACAGUAACGUCCACCUGGCCCACUCGAGAUCGUCAGAGGAGACGGAUCGCGAGAAGUCGACUGUGAUUGAAAACGGGGAGAUACGCCUGAAUGGCAAAGGCAAGAAGAUCCGCAAACCCCGCACCAUCUACUCCAGCCUGCAGCUGCAGGCGCUCCACCAGCGUUUCCAGCAGACCCAGUACCUUGCGCUGCCGGAGCGCGCUGAUCUGGCGGCCAAACUGGGGCUGACGCAGACGCAGGUAAAGAUCUGGUUCCAGAACAAGCGUUCCAAGUACAAGAAGAUCAUGAAGCACGGCGGUGUGGCGGAAGGGGAGCAUCUCCACAGCACCUCGUCGGUUUCCCCGGCCCGCUCCCCCGUGCUCCCCCAGCUCUGGGAGGUGUCCAUGGCCAACAAAGGGACGCCCAUGCAUCCCACCAAUUACAUGAACAACUUUGGUCACUGGUACCCAAACCACCACCACCACCGACCCCACCCGCACCACCACCCCCACCCCCACCAGCAGGAGCCCCCAGGUCGGCCUCACAUGAUGUGAAAUCGAGGUUAUCUUUUUGUCGUGUAUGGCCAAGAUGCUCGAUCUAUGCGCAUGGAGCGUGCUAUCAAGGACGAUUUCUCAGCUAUAGGCCUGUAUACUUUUCAAACGACUUUUGAAACAACAUUUAGUGUUUUUGUGUGUUUUUCAAUUCGAUUUGUUUCUUAUGCGUCUUUUUAAGGACUUGUCUCGGGUGUGUGAGUGUGUGUGCGCGCGCGCGUGCGUGUGUGUGUGUGUGUGUGUGUGUGUGUGUGUGUGUGUGUGUGUGUGUGUGUGUGUGUGUGUGUGUGUGUGUGUGUGUGUGUGUGUGUGUGUGUGUGUGUGUGUGUGUGUGUGUGUGUGUGUGUGUGUGUGAGUGCGUGUGUGUGUUUUGAUUGAUUUUAGAUUGAAUAGGUGAGCUAACUCGUUAUGUUAACGUGGCAACAUAUAACGUGGUUCUAGGUUCGGUUUUGUUGAAAGAUUCAAUGCGCUUCGAAUUUACAAAAGUGGGCGAAAAUGAUGAGCCGCUUCUGGAGACACCGACAUGAGCUGUUUGAUGGUAUUGGCGUCACAGACUUCAAUUUUAAUAUGCAAAUACUAAAGAACAAUGUAAAUUAACAGCUGGAAUAAAAAAAUAUGCUUUGAUUGGCAAUAA